AUUUAUUUUAGGUGAUACUGCGAAAUGGCACAAAUACUGAAGACAUGUGCGCUGGACGACAUGGUGAUGUUGAAGGACGUGUCAGAGAAUGGGAUUUCGAGUAAUCUCAAGAAGCGAUACGAGACGGAUCAGAUAUACACGUAUAUUGGACACGUUUUGAUAUCGAUCAAUCCGUACAAAUCGAUUCCCGAGUUGUUCAGCGUUGAUCGCAUGAUGGACUACCGAGGGAAGAACAGGAUAGAGAUGCCGCCACACGCGUACGCGGUGGCGGACUCGAUGUACCAGUCGAUUGUGUCUGACUUGGAGAGUCAGUGCGUGAUUAUUAGUGGAGAGUCUGGAGCUGGAAAAACGGAGGUGUCCAAGAUCAUCAUGCAGUACAUUUCGCAGAACUGCGGUUCUUUGGAGGAGGUGAUUCGAGUGAAGGACGCGAUUUUGGACUCGAACCCGUUGUUGGAGGCGUUUGGGAACGCGAAGACGAUUAGGAACAACAAUUCUUCGAGGUUUGGGAAGUACAUGGAGAUUCAGUUUGACAGGAGUGGGCAGCCAGUGGGAGGCAGGGUGACGAAUUACUUGCUGGAGAGUUCUAGGGUCGUGGUGCAGAGCAAGAACGAGAGGUCCUUUCACAUAUUUUACGAGAUGUUGUCUGGAGCGGAUGGGCAGAUGAAGGAGAGGUAUCGUUUGUUGGAUGCGAGUUCCUACCACUACUUGAAUCAGGGGAACUGUACGGUGGUGGACGAGAUAGAUGACGUGAGUGAUUGGAAGGACUUGUUGCACGCGUUGGACACGAUGAAAUUCAGCGAGAAGGAGAAGGAGGAGGUGUUUCGGUUGUUGGCGUCAAUUCUUUGGGCGGGAAAUUUGGAGUUUUCGGAGCAGAAUGAGGAGUCCAAGAUAUCGAACGGGGAUUGCUUGGACCACGUGGCGUCGAUGCUGAAGAUAGACGCGGCGGUGUGUCACGACGGGUUUUGCAAGAGGACGAUUCAGACGGGGACGGGCGGUCGAAGUUCGAUAUACGCGGUGCCUCAGAAGGCGGAUGAGGCGGCAUAUUCGAGAGACGCGUUUGCCAAGGCGGUGUAUUCCAGGUUGUUUGACUACACGGUGUUGAGGAUUAACCAGAGGUUGGGCUGGAAGAGCGAGGAGCUUCCGAUUUUGGGCAUUUUGGAUAUAUACGGGUUUGAGGUGUUUGAAUCGAACGGGUUUGAGCAGUUGUGCAUUAACUAUGUGAACGAGAAGCUGCAGCAGAUAUUCAUCAAUUUGACGUUGAAGGAGGAGCAGGAGGAGUACGAGAGGGAGGGGAUUAAGUGGGAGCCGAUAAAGUUCUUCAACAACAAGAUUUGCUGCGACUUGAUUGAAUCGAGACAGAAUCCGAUAGGUAUUUUUACGUUGUUGGACGACGUGUGCAACUUCCCGCAGGCGAGCGACGAGAAGUUCUUGUCGAAGUUGAAGGAGAACCUCGCGCAGCACCAGUUCUUCAAGCUUGGGUCGGCGGCGAAUUCGUUUUGCGUGAAGCACUAUGCUGGAGACGUGGAGUACUCGACAUCCGGGUUUUGCGACAAGAACAAGGACCUGUUGUUUAACGACCUGAUUCAGUUGGCGAAGUGCAGCAAGAUUGAGCUUUUGGUUUCUUUGUUCCCGGAAUCGGCUACUACGGACGACAAGCGUCGUCCGACGACGGCGAGCUUCAAGUUGAAGACGUCCUGCCAGCAGUUGGUGGACUCUCUUUCGAAGUCGCACCCGCACUACAUAAGGUGCAUAAAGCCGAACGACAAGAAGCAGUCGAGGAACUACAACGACACGCGGUGCCUGCAUCAGAUCAAGUAUUUGGGACUGUUGGAGAACAUCAAGGUGCGUCGCGCGGGGUACGCGUAUCGCCAAGUGUACGACCGGUUUUACUACCGAUAUGCGAUUUGCUCGGAUGGCACGUGGCCGACGAGCAAGUACGCCGGGAGGUUUCGAGAAGGCGCGUCGGCGAUUUUGGACAGUUUGGGCAUCGAGCCCGCCGACAAAAAAUCGGUUUACGAGCUCGGAAAGACGAAAGUUUUCAUUCGGGCUCCCGAAACGAUCUUCUCGCUCGAAGAGAUUCGCGAGCAAAAAACGUUCAGCUAUGCCAACUGCAUUCAGCGCUACUUCAUGAAGAACGCGUACGACCGCCUCAUGUACGUCAUUCGCAAGUCCGCGAACGAUGCCAUUCGCGGCAAGAAGGACCGCCGCCAGAAAUCGCUCGAUCGCCUCUUCCUGGGGGACUAUAUCUCUUACAGCGAGAACUUUCAGCUGAAGAGCAUCGUGGGCAAAGGCGUCAAGGUCUUCUUCGCGGACGUGUGCAACUACGUUCAAAAGAAGAAGAUUCGCCUCGUCAUCAUCAUUUCCGCCAACAACAUUCACCUUAUUGAGAUCGUCGCCAACAAGGACAAGGCUACCAACAAGACCAAGCCCUGGGUUUAUCAGACGCAGGUGCGCAUCGCUGCCGCCGACUUCAAAGGCGUCGUUCUGUCCGAGUUCGCCGACAACUACAUCUGUCUGUGCACCGCCGCCUCAGAAAACUACCUCAUUGAAACGUCCAAAAAAACUGAAAUGAUUGCCCACCUGCUCAAGAUCAAUCCCCACAUGAGCAUUGAGUUCAGGAAUUGUAUCGACAUCACCUACAAAAAGAAGUCGAUCAAAAUCACCUUCGCCAGCGAUCCGAAGAACAGUGCUCCAGACGGCGGCCUGUACAAGAAAAAGAAAGUUCUUGUCUCCAGGGGACUUGGCAAAGACGCCUAUCCGAAUUUGGUAGAACCUAGAAACUAAUAAAGUUUAUUUCGUCUGUUUCAAUAA